AUGCAGCUUAUUCUUCCCAUGCUCUCCCUGCUCCUGGCGCCGGUCGCCGUAACUGCCUGCGAAGGCGACUGCAUCGUCGACAUCACUAAUGAAUACCUAAACCGCUAUGAAAACAUCUUGCUCACGACCCUUCAGAACUUGGAAAGUACACCUCAAUUCAUCAGCGAGCAACUCAUCCCCGCUGCAAGCCGUAGAGAAAACCCCAUCGUGUACUUCGCUCCCGUCUUGCAAGCCUACAACAUUAGUGCUUACAACAGCCUGGAGAAAGCCAUAUUCCCGAGUUACUUCCAUGGAAAGUGUCAAGACGCAAACGGCGUGAAUCCACCCGGAUGUCCAAACCCUGACUGUCCCAAAGUCUGCGGCACGCCCGGCUCCAUGGUCCACUUCUACCCUACCCUCGUCAGGAUCGUAUUCGACGGGACAACCGACCUGCUCGCCAACCUCACGGAACCGGGGAGUAAACCGUACAACCAGAUAAAACAAACGGUUCUGGCAGACGUCAACAAGGGACAGAAGAAACGUAUGGAGAACCUGUCCCGCAUCAUGCCGUUACGCAAUCGCGCAGCGAUACAGGCGAGGAGUACGCACAGUAUUCAGCAAGGCUUGAAGACGAUCAUGAAGCAACUGCGGCCGACCAUGUUGGAAACAUGCGGGGGUUCAAACCUGUCGUUUUGCAGUUGGGAGCAGCCUAUGAAGGAGUUCAUCUUGCAGUACCCUUGACCCCAUUUUUUUCGCUCACACCUAUAUCCCAUAUUGUUAGAAGCAU